ACAAACCACCUGCGUACAUACAUGUCCAAGAACAAUCCAUCUCAUUCUUAUUAGAAGCAAUUGCAAUCUGGCCUGGGGAUCAUCCAACAUGACUACCUACACCAUACUGCCGGUAUCGAUAGCGGAUUCGGCAGAAUGGAUGGCGAGAGCUCAUGAGGAGGAAGGAGCGGCCAUACCGCCUAGCUCCCACAGAAUUAUUCAGAUUUCAGGAAAAAAAAUUCCUCAUGCUGCAUUGCGGUGACUGUGCCAUUGCGAUGUCCAAGCAUUGUCGAAGAGCGCCCAUCAAUUGCGUCUUGUGUCCUGCCCGUGUCGCCCGUCGAGUCGGUCAUCAAUUGCCGACAGUUACCAGCAUCCCCCGUGUUUUUGCCCUCCGAAGUGCCGCUCUCGCAAGAGACGGUGCCUUUCUGGUGGUGGUUUCAGUCGCUCCCGCAAUGAUAUACCCCCCCAUUCUCCAAUCGAUACAAUGGCUCCCCCUUCAGUUCCAGCAAAGCGAAGCGCACCCGUCUUGGACACGUUCUCGUAGAGCCUCUCGCGACGCCAGCCACUGCUCAAAGGCGCUCAGGCCGUCUCUCCAAUCAGCCCAAGGUCGAUUACUCGCUGACGAAGGCAUCGGCCCGCUACGACGAGGAUGAUGACGACGAGCCUGAUCUCUACAGUGCGUCUCCCAAGGCGAAGAUUGCUCGAACGCCCGCUCCAUCAAUCAGUC